AUUCUUCCAUUUAUAAUACCUAGUGUUCGUUUCGACGCCCCUGUCUCUUUUCUGUAGUUCUAGGUUUCAUUUCCAUUAACAACCAACAUGGUGCAGAGACUAACUUAUCGGAAGCGUCACAGUUAUGCUACCAAAUCCAACCAACACCGGGUUGUUAAAACUCCUGGUGGAAAGUUGGUGUACCAGAGCACUAAGAAGAGAGCAAGUGGACCAAAAUGCCCUGUCACUGGGAAGAGGAUCCAAGGGAUUCCACACUUGAGACCAGCUGAAUACAAGAGAUCUAGAUUGUCUAGGAACCGCAGGACAGUAAACAGGGCCUAUGGAGGUGUAUUAUCUGGAGGAGCCGUUAGAGAAAGGAUUAUCCGUGCUUUCCUCGUUGAGGAGCAAAAGAUUGUGAAGAAGGUAUUGAAGAUUCAGAAGGCUAAAGAAAAGCAAGCAUCCAAGAGUUAAUUUGAGUGAUUUAUGAAUGGAAAAAAAAAUCCCUUCGUUAAAAUUUGUGCUAAAGAAUUUUGACUUUGGAUGGUGUUAACUAUGAAUUUGGAACUUAAUUUGAAAUUGAAUUUAUGAUUCUUGUGUUUUAUGUGGUUUAGAUUUUACCAAUAUUCCACACCGCCCCAAUUAAAUUUUGUGCAUGCGUGCACCUUUAUAUUUUAACCGGUUGUCGCCGAGUGUAUGGUUUCAUAAUGGUUUUCAGGCAAUUACUACAUUUUGGAGCAUUCCAUCCCCUGAACACCCACUUCCGUAUUAUGCAUAACGUAAAUGGGAACAAAGCUUGGGAUUAUUUUUACCUACCUAUAUAUUGGGGAUUGCAGAACAAGCUAAUAGGAUUUACGGCCUGAUGUGUUAUGAUUAAGGAAAUGAAUAGGGAAGGCUUUCGCACAGUUUCUCACUCAUCAUGGUGGUGGGAGAUAAAACAAAUUGGAUUGUGCAUGUUUUAUAAAAUGUAUUUGCUUUUAAGUGAGUAUAUAGAAAGAUCUUUGAAGGAUAUCACCUGGCAAAUACUAUUAUUGGAUUCCUUAUUAUCAAGGUUAGCGUAUAGUUUAACAUAAAUAUAAUAUGAACAGUUAUUUUGG